AUGGUAACAUCUUAUGCUCUUCUUCUCUUCUGCAAUCUCACAUUGUUCGCCUUUCUUGCGUCAAUCAUCAUUGAAUCCUCAAUCGUCAGUGCCGAUUCCAGGCUAGUCGAGGAGCUCUGCAACCAAACACAAGAUUACAAAUUUUGUAAGGAUGCUCUUGACUCUGAUCUGCGCACACCGGGUGCUGAUGUGGUCACACUUGCCUAUGUAGCCUUCGGCUUGGCGUAUAGCAACGCUUCGAGCACCCAAGACCAUAUAACUUCCCUGCUAAGUAAUUCGACCGGUCCAGUGCACCAGCACCUCGAGCAAUGCCAAGGAGAUUAUUUUACGGCCAUCGCGGCAAUUCAAGAUGCUUUAACCGACUUGGACUCGGAGAAGUAUGGCAGCUUGACCUACUUUUCUUCUACGAUAGGCAACCAAGCGGAGGACUGUGAAUCGGCCUUUAAGGGUACAAAAUCUCCGUUGACCGAUAGCAACAACGAUCUUAACAGGCUUUCGGUGAUUUGUGUUGCUAUUGCAGAAUGGCUCGCAGCUCGACCUAGAACAAGGUGUAUCGGUUUUAGAGUCGGUCGGUUCCUGGCCUAG